CUCGGAAGGGACGUUCGGGCUUGGAGGAACUGGCCAUUUUGCCACAACAACAACGAGCAAUGAUCAAAGUAAGCUUUGCUUCUAGCUACAUAGACAAUACCAACGAUCGAUAGCUAACCAAUAAUCUACCCAAAGACAAGCACCAUGAAGUUUUCUAUCCUUUUGACAUUGAUGGCCUUCCUGAGCCAGGCGUCGGCGGAGGAGCCGACUCCUGGGGGACUUCAGUUGGAUCCAUCGAAACUCAACGAUUUGAUCGCUGACAAGACAGCGCAACCCCCGGCGAGUCAAGACAAGCCAAUUGACGAUACCGGUACCUUGAAAGACCAAGUACUGGACGUUCUCAACAAGGGCAAAGUAAACGAGAAAAACUCGGCAGCCACACAAGGUGAUCCGCACUUUCUCAUGUGGAACGGCCGCAGGUACGACUUUCACGGUGGUUGUGACUUGGUCUUUCUAGAUAACCCUGAUUACAACCAUGGUCAGGGCCUACGGAUCGUCAUUCGCACAAAGAUUGUCCACUGGUGGUCCUAUGUCCAGACUGCAGUGGUGCAGAUUGGAAAUGACACGCUCGAAGUCAAAGGGGGCGUCGCACACAAGGAGUAUUACGUCAAUGGCAAGCCCGGUCCUCACGAAGAGCAUAGCAAAGCCAUGCCAUUCACGAUAGCUGGACACAAAGUACGAUUUCGUGUCAAGAGCAAGACGCAGUUCCAGUUCAAGAUCUUUCUAGAAGAUGAUCAGAACAUUGUCAUUCGAUCCGUAAAGGACUUUUUGAAGGUUGACGUUCAAAAUCACAAAAAGGCAACCUUUGGAACCAGCCGAGGCCUGCUUGGAUCGUACGAGGACGGUCUGAUGCUGGCACGGGACGGUGCCACCAUUCUAGAGGAUGCCAAUGAGUUUGGUCAAGAGUGGCAAGUAAGGAGUGAUGAGCCCAUGCUCUUUCACAGUGUCGAAGGCGUGCAACACCCCCAAGCAUGCACGAUCCCCAAUGCCGAACAAAAGGACCAACGCCGGCGCCUUAUCGAAGAAGCGGUAUUGAUUAGCUAUGAUGAAGCCGCCAAGGCUUGCAUGACUGAAGCAGGAACGGACUUGAUUGAAUGUAUCAAUGAUGUGAUGAUCACCGGGGAUGCUGACAUGGCAGGCGCUUACUCGGAUGAGUGAGGAGCUAGAUUGAUUUCUGUUUGUUGUUGCGCAGCACAGCCAGUGUUUGCACGUUUGUGCAAACAACAAGUGCUGCCAUCCAUGGUCUCAACGGAGGGCCCUGUAGAGUUAGUUGCUAGCAACUAUUAGUCAGACUCGAGCCCCCUCCAAUGCUGCCGCCGACCUCUGAAGCCCAUUCCCAUACAUACGUAAAGUCCACUCUAACUACAUAGUAUCCCGUCGAAGUCGUGAGUGAUCGUCAUCCCACUUGUUUCUUCGGGUUUCGGUGCCAGACUCUACUCGUACUACAGGUUAUCUUCUUGGUCUUUUGCGAUUUCGCGACGCCUUCGAGACCCGUUCCGGAUGAAUUGUGCUGGCGUCCUGAGUAGCCACCUCGCCCCAGCCCCACGUCCCCUUGCCAAGAAGCCUCAAGACCUCGUGUCACAACGAGAUACAACAAGCUUGGCUUGGCCACGUCCAUUUCCUACGUCGGUGUUCGUUCCACCACCCGAGAACACGGCUUUUGUGAUCACACAUGGGCACAACUUGGCCUUUCGACAAUCUCGGAAGCAAGGAUGCAAGCCAGGCCUGGGCUGUCCGCCCUUAUUUGGAUAACCCAUUUUUCAUGUGUGAGAGGCGGUACAGCAAUUAUCCUGGCAUUGUGAUCAAGGACACGAAGCAGGCGUACGAUGCGAUUGAACGCCUCAUCCUUGGUGGGCCCAACAAUAACAGUCACGCCCUAUUUAUGCUACAUCUAUUUGGGAGAUAAGCAUGCUCGUGAUUCUUGCAACCCAGAGGCUUCGGAACAUGCGGUGUGUGAACGCUGCUACAGUGAAUUCCACCAUUGUCAUCAAAGGAACCAAUCAGGCCUGCAAGGAGAUUGAGGGACGUGGCGGGCAGUUCCUACACAGCACAGACAAAAUUGUCCCCCCCUAAUUCGAUUCGUCAUACUGAACCUACUAGCUAGCUAGACUGACUAGCUUGUCCCGAACCCCCUUUUCUUUCACUACCGUACCGUACCGUACCGUAAGCCACUAAGUCUGGCCCCAGACAGCUUCAAGAGAUGACCUCCCUACCGUACUCUAACCCCCCCUCCCGGUGUAACUGCUAGCUAGCUAGUAGCCGGCGGGAUGGGCAAUGGGGCCUGUGGUACGGUCCUGACUUGGCUACAUUGACCCUGUUACGAAAAUUUUCAUUCAGUAUAGUAAGAAGAAGACCUGCCCCGCAGCGGCAGGAUAGUUAGAAGAAGAGAAGAAGAGGAGGAGGGAGGAAGAGGUUCUUAGCUACCGGUAUAGAUGCAAUACCCUUCUAGCUUAUUGGCAAAGUAUUUCAGGAUCUCUGGUUCCCCCCUAUU